AUGAGCCACUAUCGACACAAGAACUGCCUGCUAGAGGGGGGACCAUGGAAGGAUAUUUGCCAGCUACAAACUAGGAACCAACAUUUAAGGGAUAAGAUGGUUGCAGGCCUGUCCAUGGAGGUUGGUGACGGACGCCGGACUCGGUUUUGGGAGGAUGUCUGGUUGGUUGGGGGGUCUCUAAAGGAUCGUUUUCCGAGGCUCUUCUCUGUUUCAAAUCAAGUUGGAUCUGUUAUAGGGGAGUGUGGUUUUUGGGAUGGGUUUGAGUGGGUUUGGAGUUUCCAAUGGAGGAGAGAGCUCUUCCAAUGGGAGUUGGAACUUCUGAGUGCAUUGCAUGAGUCUUUGAGACCUGUGAAAUUAAUUAACAACAGAGAGGACAGAGUGGUAUGGAAAUAUGAUAGGCGAGGUAUUUUUACAACUAACUCAUUUGUGCAGGUGAUGCAGGAGGAGCUGAUCCCAGAGGAGGUAACUAGUUACAGCUUCACCCGGACUAUUUGGAAGGGGUUGGUUCCGCCUAGAGUGGAGCUGUUUGUUUGGUUUGUUCUAAUAGGAAGAGUGAAUACAAAGGACAGGUUGAGCCGGUUGGGAAUCAUCAGCCAGGACGAUAUUACUUGUGUUCUUUGUAACAACGAGGUGGAAGAUGUACGUCACUUGUUUCUAGGAUGUGUAUUUGCUUGGCAGGUGUGGAGCGCUUGGAUCUUAGCUUUUGGCCGACGCUGGACUUAUCCGGGAUCAAUGAAAGAACACUUCAUUAGUUGGACAGAGGAACCGAGGAGGUUGGAAGAGCGUAAUCACCGGUUGAGGUGCUUCUCCGCGAUCGUUUGGAACUUAUGGUUGGAAAGGAAUAGACGGGUUUUUCAGCAAACGAGCAAAGGAGUUGAAGAAAUUAUCAACAUGUCUUCAAAUAGUGCUAAAGAGUGGAGCGAUGGCGAUCCCUUUAGUUGUUGA